UAGGCAAAGUCAAACAAUUCGAAGAAAUAUAGAAGGGAAGGGAAGCAAACGGCAAAGGGCAAAGAGCCUCUCAUUCAUUCAUUUGACACCCUUCGUAUCCGUGUUGAAGUCAAAAGCCGUCAUUUGGCUCUCUUUCUUUCUGUUUCUCUCCCUUCCUCUUCACUUCUUCUCUUCUCUAAAGAAAACCCUCCUUUUAGUUUUGAGCUUUGAUACUUUACCCGAAGCACACAAUGGUUCAAACAAUGAAAACCAACGUCCAAAAUCUUGUUUUUUGCUUGUUUUUCAUCCUCAAUAUAUAAAGUCUCCACUUUUUUUUCCCCUCCAUAUUGGGUUUUCUUGGUUGUUGCUUUUGUUAUUAUGGGUGCUCGAGGUUGUUGUGUUAUGGUUGUUAUUCUUGGGUUGUUGUUGAAAGUUCAGUUACUCAACUCUCAAAACCUGACAUGCAAUCCAAUGGACUUGACUGCACUCCAGGAUUUCAUGGGCAAUUUGACAACAAAUCUUGAAGGCUGGACCACAAAUUCAUCAACUGAUUGUUGUGACUGGGAAGGCAUAACCUGUGAUCCUCCAUCAUAUGGUAGAGUAAUCAAGUUGGAACUUCCGAAGAAAAGAUUAUCAGGCAUAUUAUCUGAUUCCUUAGCUGCUUUGGAUCAGCUUAAAACUCUCAAUCUUUCCCACAAUUUCCUCAAAGACUCACUGCCACUAUCUUUGUUUCAUAUGCCAAAUUUAGAGCAGCUUGACUUGAGCUAUAAUGAAUUCUCUGGACCGAUCCCAGAAAGCAUCAAUCUUCCUUCAAUUCAAAUUCUUAACAUUUCUUCGAAUUCCUUGAACGGGUCUCUUCCUUCCCAUAUAUGUGUUAAUUCUACUCGAAUUAGGUUCCUUAGUUUGGCAGCGAACUAUUUCUCUGGUAAUAUUUUACCAGGGCUUGGAACUUGUUCUUUCUUGGAGCAACUUUGUCUUGGCAUGAAUGAUCUCACUGGUGGCAUAACUGAAGACAUCUUUCAGCUUCAAAAUUUGAACCUUUUGGGGCUUCAGAAUAACAACUUUGGUGGGAAUCUUAGUCCUGGUAUUGCUAAUCUCUCUAACCUUGUUCGUUUAGAUAUUUCUUCAAAUAAUUUUUCUGGAGAGAUCCCGGAUGUCUUCAGUCAGCUACAGAAUUUUAAGUAUCUUGUAGCUUAUUCAAAUAAAUUUAGUGGUAGAAUUCCCAGUUCAUUGUCCAAUUCUCCAACCAUUAAUUUGCUGAAUUUGAGGAAUAAUUCAUUGGAUGGUUCUAUAGAUCUUAAUUGCCCAGCUAUGGUUGCUUUGAACGCUCUGGAUUUGGCUUCCAAUAAGUUUACUGGGCCUCUGCCUGAUAAUCUUCCCCUAUGUAGACAAUUGCAAGAUAUCAAUCUUGCCCGGAAUAAUUUCAGUGGCCAAAUCCCUGAGAGCUUCAAAGAAUUUCAAAGCCUCUCUUAUCUUUCCCUCUCAAAUUCGAGCCUCCAUAAUCUUUCCUCUGCUCUUCAAAUUCUGCAGCAGUGUAAGAAUCUAACUACUUUGGUCCUCACCUUGAAUUUCCCUGAUGAAACAUUGCCUGAUGAUCCUAAUCUACUUUUUGAGAACUUGAAGGUUCUGAUUAUUGCAAAUUGUAGACUUAAAGGUUCAAUUCCCCAAUGGUUGAGAAAUGUUACUUCUUUGCAGUUGUUGGAUUUAUCUUGGAACCAUUUGGCCGGAACAAUUCCACAGUGGUUUGGAAGUUACAUGGAUCUCUUUUACUUGGACUUAUCCAACAAUUCACUUACUGGAGAGAUCCCAAAAAAUUUAACUGAAUUACCAAGCCUCAUUCAUGGAAACAUCUCACUGGAGCAGCCUUCACCAGAUUUUCCUUUCUUCAAGAAAAGGAAUGAAAAUGGGACGGGAUUGCAGUAUAAUCAAAUUUGGAGUUUUCCACCAACACUUGAUUUUGGUUACAACUUUCUAAGUGGACCAAUUUGGCCAGAGUUUGGGAAUCUGAAAAAGCUCCAUGUGUUUGAUUUGAAAUUCAAUAAUUUAUCUGGACCAAUUCCGGGAAACUUGUCUUGGAUGACCAGCUUGGAGAUUCUGGAUCUAUCGCAUAAUGACUUAUCAGGGACCAUACCAUCUUCACUGGAAAAUCUCAGUUUUCUGUCUACAUUUAAUGUUGCCUACAAUCAGCUUUAUGGGAGGAUCCCUUCUGAAGGUCAAUUUCCAACAUUUCCAAAUUCAAGCUUUGAAGGAAACAAGCUUUGUGGUGAUCAUUGGUACAGUUGUCAAGAUACUAAAAAUGAAGAUAGUCAUGAAUCCCCAAAAAGAUCAAAAAGGGACAAAGUUAUCAUUAUUGGGAUGGUUGUUGGAAUCAUAUUUGGGACAGCCUUUUUACUUGGCCUUGUGUUGGUAGUUGUGUUGCAUGCGCAUAAGCAUGGUGAGGUUGGUCCUGAGAAAGAGAAGCCUGACACCAAUGAUAAAGAUUUGGAAGAACUCGGUUCAAGGCCAGUGGUCCUCUUCCAAAAUAGGGAAACCUACAAAGAGCUCUGCAUUGACGACCUUUUGAAAUCGACCAACAAUUUUGACCAAGCAAAUAUCAUAGGUUGUGGAGGUUUUGGUCUGGUUUACAUAGGCACCCUACCUGAUGGUCGUAAGGUUGCCAUUAAACGGCUUUCUGGUGACUGUGGUCAGAUGGAUAGAGAAUUCUGUGCUGAAGUUGAAGCACUUUCAAGAGCUCAACAUCAAAAUCUUGUCUACCUACAAGGUUAUUGCAUUUAUAAAAGUGACCGGUUGUUAAUAUAUUCUUACAUGGAAAAUGGUAGUUUGGAUUAUUGGUUGCAUGAGAAGGUUGAUGGACCAUCCUCUUUAGAUUGGGAAACGAGGCUGCAAAUUGCACAAGGGGUGGCUAGGGGUCUAGCUUAUUUGCACCAGUCAUGUGAACCUCAUAUUCUUCACAGAGAUAUAAAGUCAAGUAACAUUCUUUUAGAUGAGAAUUUUAAAGCCCACUUGGCUGAUUUUGGUCUGGCAAGGCUGAUACUUCCAUAUGAUACCCAUGUAACCACUGAUCUGGUAGGGACAUUAGGAUACAUUCCUCCCGAGUAUGGGCAAGCUUCUAUUGCAACCUAUAAGGGUGAUGUGUACAGUUUUGGAGUUGUGCUUUUGGAGCUUCUGACUGGGAAAAGGCCCGUGGAUAUGUGCAAGCCAAAAGGAUCCCAGGAUUUGAUCUCUUGGGUGAUUCACAUGAAGAUGGAAAACAGGGAGAGUGAGGUUUUCGAUCCAUUUAUCUAUGGCAAGCAGCACGAUAAGGAAAUGUUAUGGGUUCUUGAAAUUGCAUGCCUUUGUUUAAGUGAAAGCCCUAAAGUUAGGCCUACAACCCAGCAACUAGUUUCUUGGCUUGACAAAGUUGACAUCAGCAUCUAGCUUGGUAAUGGAACUAGGUAAGCUCUGUUGUAUAGCUAGAAAUAUUUCUCCUAGAUGCAUUGUUGAACAAGCUCCAACAGAAGCAGUAGAAAAUGGUAGCUUUUCAUAGUAAUUAAUCCUGUUGUAAAUAUCACUCCACUUAUGUGUCCUAUCAGAUUUUGGUGCUCUCCUAGGAAGGGAUCUAACAGAAGCAACAGACGUUUUUGUCAAAAACUUGGUGAGUUUAGUUUUCACAUUCAAAGUUAGUGUCUUACUUUGGACGAUGAUAAAAUGUUUAUUUUCGAACAUGUAAAAGUUAUUCUUUUUGUAUGUAAUGGUGGUU